GAUUUACUAAUCAUUUCUUUAUUCGUUCUUUUGCUUCUAAUGGGCCCUCCUUUAUCAUUGUUUGUUGUCUCAAAUUAUCAUUUUUCUAUCAGUGCACGAAUAAUUUGUGAAUAAAGUGUAGUAAAGACUAUUAGAUACAUUUAUCCGUUUUGCCUUUGUCGGCAUAAAAAGUAUGCAGAAAGGUUUACACUUGAAGACAUGGACUAAAAUUUGACUAUAAACAGCAUCUAUUCUUGAUAUUUCAUAAACAGAAUGGGUAUAUGAUAUUUUAUGCGCUAAGUCUCUUUGGUAGCAAGUUAGGACGGAUAGUAUGGUAUGUCGUAAUGUGAUAUAAUUGUUUUAUGAAGUGGGCAUCUUUUUAUGCAACCUUUUGAUAAUUAUGAGUUUAUGCCAAGAUUAUAUCCAUCAUGAAGAGUAUCACCUGCUUCAUAACCUUCUUGGUCAUUCCUACUUUUACUAUUGCUGCUUGUAUUUAUAAUGUUCAUACCGACUCUGCCGACUAUGGUAAAAAUAAAUUUCAUAUACUUGACAAGUGUCAUCCUCCUCCAUGCAAGGAUACAGAAGUUAUUGUGCCAUUUCCUGCUCCUGGUUUGACACCUAUUAACAUGUGUUGUCCAAGUGAAUUAAGUGAUCACUUUUAUAUUCAAUGGUGAAUCAAUAAAAACGAUUCCAGAUGCAUAUCUAUCGUCUUUUUUUUUUUACAUGUCGCAUGCUUUUUAGGAAGAUGAUACUCACGAGGCUUCUAUUGCUUAUCUAAACAGAAAUCACUUUUGGUUUCAUCUUUAAAGAGCAAUGAAUAAACAAGCCCCUCUAUGUUAAAAAUUAGUAUAACUUUAUAGUACGUUUUAUUAAUAGCUCAUAUACAUCCUAAAUGAGGUAUGAAAAAUAGAGUAUAUACUCUCAAGGUAUUCUCAAUCACAAAUGAUAUAUCCAUGGUUACAUGAUGUCAUGUUUGUCAUCUAUUUCGCAAAAAUUAUUUAAAGAUCAGC